AUGUCUUCCGCAGCACUUUGCUUUCGCUCGGCGAGAGCUUACACCAGGAAUAGCACCAAGCAAUCAAUUCUCCUCGCCCGCACAUUUGCUUCGACAGCUCGACGCCAUGAAAUCAACAAAGUCUUCCCCUCGGCCUCGGAAGCCCUGAAGGACAUGAAACCGAAUACUACCCUCCUAUGCGGUGGGUUCGGUCUCUGCGGAGUUCCCGACACCCUCAUUGAUGAAGUCCUCACCAAGAAAAACAUCACUGGCAUUACAGCCGUUUCCAACAAUGCUGGCACAGACGAAUCGGGAUUAGGGAAGCUACUCAAGACGAAGCAGAUCAGUAAAAUGAUUGCUAGUUACAUUGGCGAGAACAAGACAUUUGAGAGAAUGUACCUCACUGGAGAAGUGGAACUGGAAUUGACUCCCCAAGGAACAUUGGCUGAGCGUUGUGCUUCUGGCGGAAAGGGAAUACCUGCAUUCUACACACCCGCAGCAUUCGGCACAGUUGUCCAAACCGGGGAAUUACCGCUGCGAAACAACGCAGAUGGAACACCAAAGGAAUUGUCAUACCCCAAGGAUGUCAAAGUUUUUGACGGCAAGCAAUACUUGCUAGAAGAGAGCAUCAAAGGCGACUACGCCUUUGUAAAGGCCUGGAAAGCAGACAAGCUUGGAAACUGCCAAUUCCGCCUAGCCGCCAACAACUUCAACGGAGCCAUGGGCCGAAACGCCAAAGUGACCAUUGUCGAAGCCGAAGAGAUCGUCGAGCCUGGCGGAAUUGCCCCAGAAGCUGUACACCUACCAGGAAUCUACGUCAAGCGCGUAAUCCAAUCCACCACUGCCAAGAACAUUGAGAAAUUCACAUUCGCUAAGGAUCCAAAUGACCCAUCUGCCAAAGCGGCGCUGGGAAGUGGAGAGACCGCUGCGAAGAGGGAGAGGAUUGUCAGGAGAGCUGCGAAGGAAUUCAAGAAUGGCAUGUACGCCAAUCUAGGUAUCGGCAUGCCAAUGCUGGCUCCUUCAUUCGUCGGCCCAGAAGUCGAGGUACAGCUACAAUCCGAGAACGGUAUUCUCGGCCUAGGGCCAUACCCAGUGAAGGGCAAAGAGGACCCUGAUCUCAUCAACGCCGGUAAAGAGACCGUGACACUCAAUCCUGGAGCUGCCGUCUUCGGAUCUGAAGAGAGUUUCGGCAUGAUCAGAAGUGGUCGUGUUGAUCUUACUAUCCUCGGUGCUAUGCAAGUCAGUGGAAACGGUGACUUGGCUAACUGGAUGUUGCCUGGUAAGGUAAAGGGAUUUGGUGGCGCUAUGGAUCUUGUGUCGAACCCUAGCAAGACCAAGGUCGUGGUUACAAUGGAACAUACGGAUAAGAAGGGGAAUGCGAAGAUUUUGAAGCAGUGUGCUUUCCCACUGACGGGUAAGGCUUGUGUGUCGAUGAUUAUUACGGAAUUGGGUGUCUUUGAGGUGGACUUUGCUACGGGUCUGACAUUGACUGAGAUUGCCGACGGAGUGACGGUGGAGGAGAUCAAGAGCAAGACAGAAGCUCCUUUCAAGGUGGCGGAUGAUUUGAAGCCUAUGCUGUAA